UGCACGUCGACGCAGCACGAUGCGCGUAUCCGUCAGCACUUGUGCACGCCGCUGCUUCUGCGGAAUUUGCGGGGCUGUAGUCGGACUUCCGAAGACAGACGCCCACUUAGAAAAUAAUGAACAACAAAUUUGACGCUCUCAAAGAUGAUGACAGUGGCGACCAUGACCAAGACAACAUCUCACCGAAAGACUGUGAAAAGGAAAAAAGUGAAGACGAGGAGAAGGACCCAAACACUGCCAAGAGAAAGACAGCGGUUCCGGGGGCUGGGGAACACCCUCUGCAGUACAACUACGCCUUCUGGUACUCCCGCCGCACUCCUGGACGACCCGCCAGCUCUCAGAGCUACGAGCAGAACAUCAAACAGAUCGGCAGCUUUGCCUCUGUGGAGCAAUUCUGGCGGUUUUAUAGUCACAUGAUCAGACCGGGCGAUCUAACUGGCCACAGUGACUUCCACCUGUUCAAGGAGGGCAUCAAACCCAUGUGGGAGGAUGAUGCCAAUAAAAGUGGGGGGAAGUGGAUCAUCCGCCUGCGUAAGGGCCUGGCGUCGCGCUGCUGGGAGAACCUCAUCCUGGCCAUGCUGGGCGAGCAGUUCAUGGUGGGGGAGGAGAUCUGUGGGGCUGUGGUGUCUGUGCGCUUCCAGGAGGAUAUAAUAUCCAUAUGGAACAAAACGGCCAGCGACCAGGCCACCACGGCACGCAUAAGAGACACAUUACGCCGAGUUCUCAACCUGCCCCCUAACACCAUCAUGGAGUACAAGAUGCACACAGACAGCAUCAAGGCCUGGGAGGACUUCCACGGCCUAGUGAACCCCAGCGGAGGACGCUAAGAUCUUCUUCAGCGAGUCUAUGCCAAGGAUUUCAGCUAUUUUCUUUUUUGGACAAAGAGGAAUGCUCGCGUGGAUGAUACCUGGCUCUAGGAGGAGGGGUUCCUGUCUUAAAAAAUACCAUAAACACAAAAAAUUGAGAUGACUACAUUAACGAAAAAAGGAACCAGGACGGAACAGGAAUGUGUUGAAUAAAACUAGUGAGGAGAGGAAACCUCACAGGGUGCUCCUGAUGCAUGCAGUCCCCUUAGAAAAUCACCAGGGGGAGCUCUCAUGACAAACUUCCCCCAGUCGCUGUGAUCUGGAAGUAGGCUGUUGACAGUCUACACAACAACCGACCAACCAACCAACCAAGUGACAUACAGCAGUUGAUUUACCAAGAUUUGAAACAGUCCACUGUCUAUGAAUUCUGAUAAUUUCUCAAUGAGCAGCUUCAGCUGUAUGUGUUUGACAAAGAAAAAAACAGGGUUGCAGGUAGAAAGUUAUUUUACUAAAAGUGCAGUAUUUUAACUGUAGUGUUUUAAGUUGUUCAAACUAGAGCUGUUGUACAAAAAAAUUAUAUUUCUAUAACGUUAUUUUGGAAGAUGUACAUUUUUGGGGAAUCGUUGUUGAUUCCUCUCCCUCCCUUUGACCUGAAAUUUUUGGAAUCCAAAGGUUGAGCAUUGUUUAAAAAAAAAGAGUUGGGCCCUUGAAAGGGUGUGUGUUUGUCGGUGACGGCCUCUGUGGGAUGGACCGCCAUGCUGCCUGUAGCACUGUGCCUGGCCUCAGAGCCUACUGUCCUUCUCUUCUCUCUUCUCGCCCCCAAAGAGAUUUUGUGUGUGGUUUUUGUUUUUUACAGGUAACAAAAAAUCACACAAAAUCUUUGUUCCUCAAUGCUGAAGAGAUGUUGAAUGACAGCUCUCAAAAUGCAGAAUGAUGAUUGGUCAGGUGCUGUGGAGAUGUCAGAGACAGCUCGACGAAUAUAAGGUGGUGAUUGGUCAAGUGCUGAGGAGAAGUCAGUGACCGCUUCCUCGAUGCUGAGCGAUGAUUGGCUGCCCUGGCAUUUGCUUGGUUCUGAAGGCCCCAUGCACUGUAUUGGGAUCAGCUGUGAACCUUUGUCUUAACCAUAUAACUAUUUUUGACACGAGACACUUGACUGAGCAGAGGACAGGGGCUUGGGGCCUUUAUGUGUCUUUGCCCACAUACAUACAUACUGCCUGGACUUCAGAAGAUGGUGCUGGAAAUGGUGGUGAUGUUUAAAAAAACAAAGGUAUUGUUUGAAUACAAUUGAUUAUAGCAAUAAAUGUUAAUUAUGCAUCUGCUGCUAA